AUCAAAGCCUGAUUGUCCAGCCAUCGGCGAGCAACAGAAAUCGCAGCGAUUUUGGUCUAUCCGAAAAGUUCUCUUCUUUAACCAGAGUAGUUUCCCGAAGACCCAAAAGAGUUUAUAAAUUUAUCCAACAUGAAGUUGUACGCCAUCGUUAUCCUUUCGGCAUGCUGUCUUCUGGCCGCACAAGCGGCACCCGAGAAGAAGAUGGCCCUGAAGUCGCGUCAAGUCGACCAGGAUGCCAAGGUGGGCCAGGCCGCUUCCAGUGCUGGUGCAUCGACCUCUGCCAAGGAUCCCUCCAGUGGCAGGCUGUUUCUCAAAAAGUUCCUAACCUUCAAGAACCUGUUUAGCAGCAACAAUCAACCCGUGAUUCCGAUCAUUAUCACCGGCGCCGGAACCGGGACUAGCACAGGAGCCUCACCCACUUCGCCCACGGUGACAGUGACCUCGACAGGCACCAUUCCCUCGGCCACUGGCACCAUUACCACUUCGCCCACAACACCCACCUCGACGACAUCGAGCGCACGGCAAACGAUUAUCAAGGGUGCCCGAUAUGGCAGCAACGAUGACGACCAGGAGCAGAAUCAGGAACAGGAUCAGGAUCAGGACCAAGAACAGGACCAGGAGCUGGCCCAACCCGCACAGGCCUACCCCGCCGAGUUGAUGGACGAGCAGGCUCUGCAGGCCGCCCUGGCCGCUGGCGCCCAGGAAUACGAGGUGGUCACCACUGAGCACGAGGUCCAGGGAACUGGCGGAGCCACCGUCGAAGGCGGCAAGGCCACCCAAAGCAAUAACCAUAUCAGUCUGCGACGCAAAGGCGCCCGCCGCGGCCAGGUGAUCAGCGUUCGCAUCCCACCCCGCUACCGCCGCUACUUCAAGAACGGCCAGAAGGUGAUGCUCAAUACCGGUAGUCGUCCCGUCUCCAAGCGUCGCGUGGUUCGCAAGCGAGUGCCUGCCAAGAAAAUCAACAAGAACAACCGGAGGCGCAACGGCAACAAGAAGAAUCGUCGCAAUCGCAACAAGAACCGUCGCAAUCGCAUCACCGCCGUCUAAGGAUCUAGGAUUCAAGGUCAGGAUCCAACGAUCCGACACAUUCCGGCAAGAUAAUUUUUUUUUCUAAUUUAUUGUAGCCUAACUUGCUACUGCCACACUUCCUGCGGCAGGAUAAACGAUAAAUAAAGCCCUUCAAGAAU